GCAGUACGGCGGGUGACCCAGAGGAGGACAUCAUGGCGGGCAAUUCAAAGGAACAAAAGCUCUCUCUAAACAUAUACAGUAUGCUUCAGCGGCUCAGCUGCCCCUCGGUGGACGGGCUUUACCUGAGAGAAGCUGGCAGCAUGCAGGACCUCCUCUGCACUCCUUCAUUACACCGCAUGGACAUACUGAAAUGGAUUUGUUCCAGAAUCUGCCCAUCCCUUGGAGACAAAUUCUCAACAAUCAAAUCAUCAGAGACAGACGAAGUGGCCAAAGAAAUCACACGGUUUGGCCAUGAAAUACUAUUGUGUAAAGCAGAUGACUAUGAGCUAAUCAAGGGCUUUGCCCCACCACUACGGCAGCUUUUGUUUUUGGAGCAGCUUUUAAUGAUUGCAGGACAGCAGGACACAUCAAAGUCAGAUGAUGUCUACAGUGAGUUGUCUGGAGAUGGCAGCGUGACAAAUGAGGACCUACUGAAGGAGCUGAUGUCCCCUGACCACUCAACUGAUCUGAUCCAGCUGAUGAAUCCUGUGUGCAAUCCCUGGUCUGCUCACAUCCAGGAAUACCUCAAAGCCACACAAGUCACUCGGGCUAAGGCAAACGGCACUAAAACUAAUGAGAGUCAUAAUGAUUCAGGAUGUGGAAAAUUUAAUAAUGACAACAUAGCUGAAGCUGCUGGUCUGCUGAAGUCAACUCAGUGUACAUUGGAGGAGCUACGUAAAGAGUGUGAGUUCCUGCAGCUGGAACAGUCAGGCCCUGCUGCUUCCCUGUCACCCUGUGCUCUGAAAGUGGCUAUAUCAGACAUGGCUCAGCUUAUGACUGCCUUCAGUCAGGUCUACAACACAGACUUCAGGGGCUACUGCCAAAGAGAUCCUCCUCCCCUUAACCAGAAUGCAUGCGUCUUUCAGUCUGUACAGCAGCUGCUUCACCAGUGCAACAUGGAAUUAGAAGCACUGCAGCAGCUGUCCAAAACCUCAUUCACUCUGACUGAGAUUGUGAAACAGAUAGAGACAGACAGGCGGUUUUGGGCCAAAGGAGAGAGACAUACACUGCCCAAUCAACUGGAGGCUUUGAAGACCAGAUUUACAUCUUUUUUGUCUCCUCACCAAUUCUAAGAUAUUUGUUGAUCUCAGCUUUUAAAAUGUUUCUACUGUUUCCCCAAUGUACUUCUCUUAUGUAAAUAUUUAUUAUGAACCAGGUCAAUUGGUUUUUAGUAAAAUAAUUAAUGGUAAAAAUUGUAAAAAUCUUGCUGUAAAUAAAAAUAUAUGUUGUAAAAACA